AUGGACAUCCACACCGCCAAACGCACGCUCAUAACCGCCAACCACAUCCUCCACCACCAAGGCCAAGUCCUAGACGCCUACGGCCACAUCAGCGUCCGCCACCCAACUGAUCACACCGUCUUUCUGAUGGCGCGCUAUGUUCCUGCAGCACUAGUCGCGUCGCCCGAUGACAUUGUCGAAUACCGAGUUGAAGAUGCGGAACCCGUGGAUCCGCAUGCUCCGAGAGGUUAUACGGAGCGGUUCAUCCAUUCCGAGCUAUACAAGAGGUUUGGAGAGGUGAGGAGUGUUUGCCACAGUCACGCGCGGGAGGUUAUCCCUUGGGGGCUGUUGGUGGGAAAGGGAUCGGGACUGAAGGCCUGUGUUAAUACGAGUGGAUUCUUGGGAAAGGAAACACCCGUCUUUGAGCCACGUCCGCAUUUUAGGCUAGGAGACAUCAAAGACCUCCUGAUCCGUUCCGCGCAUCUCGGUGCUGCGCUUGCAGCAUUGUUCACCAAUUCAGCCGGUAGUGGCGGUCAGCUUGAUCGGAGCGUCGUAUUGAUGCGAGGCCACGGAAUGACUGUAGCAGCGACUUCGACCGAGCACUGCGUUUUCCGCUCAAUUUAUGCGAGGAACAAUGCCAUUGUCCAGACCACGGCGGUGACGUUACUAAGUUCGCUGAAGCUGGGAUCGAAUGCUAGCAGUGAGCACGAUCACGAAGAAGAGGGGGGUUUGACGUUCCUCGAUGAAGAGGAGGUGGCAGAUUGUACGGGGAUCAAUGUGAAGACCGUCCUCAGACCGUGGACUGCGUGGAGUCGGGAGGUUCAGGCGAAUCCAUUAUAUGUGAAUCUUGCGUAG